AUGCCCAGACGGAGGAACAGACGGCAGCAAUCUGCUGUGGCCGAGACACGUGAAGUUGUGCAAACACCCCCAACCAAAGUGGGCGAUGUGGUUGAGGCCCUUCUUGAGACGGAGGCUGAGCAGGCCGAGUGGCAGGAUCAUGAGUUGGAGAGCGGUGACGACGCUCAAUACGAUCUUCCGUGGGAGGUGUGGGUCUGUGUCCUCUCCUCCAUGGACGACCCGCGUGACCUCUGCUCAUUUGGUCUUGCCUGUCGCCUCUUUCAGGCCAUCACCCAAACGGGAAUGGUGUGGCGGCAGCUGCUGGGCUCGACCUAUGGAUGGGUCUUUGACCACGGCAAGCGCGAGCUUGUCGACCCACCGGCCCGUUUGGGGUACAGGGACCACCAAAAACAGUGGCAAUGGAUCUCUGCCUCGGCCGGGGCGUGCUGGACUGCAUCCGGCGUGAUCGUCUCGGGCGGACAGGGCAAGCUGUUUUUCGCAGACCCGACCUGUGCGCCCGAGGCGCCCUGGAGCAACGACGAGGCGCGAGCCGGCCUGGCUGGAAGUGUCACUAAGGGCCUGCACCUGCGCGACCUUCGCCAGCCCACGCCAGAGGAGGUGGCGCACGAUGUGGCGAUGAUCAAGCUGCAGAUGCGGGAAAGCAAGCGGCGUGAGAUAGAGGCCAGAGGCAAGCAGAGCGUCCAACGACGGCCGAGCAAGCUCAGGCCGUGA